AAUCAAUCAUGUGAUUAGUUCAAAAAAGAAACCAAAAAGUCGAUCAUACAUUUAUAUAAUUGUUAGGUAAUUCAUGGACACACAUCAAUUAAUUAACAUUACACUUUUGACAGUGUAAAACAGACAGUGUUAUAAUAAGUGAAGAGUAUAUGAAUAGGGCUGAGCUGUGCAAAGACCUGUCUCUCUCUCACUUAUAAUUCCCUCUUCACACAUUACUUCUUCACUUAUAGAGAUUCUCACUUACAUUUCCCAUUUUACCCUUCUUCUUCCUUCAAAUCCACUGAUGUCUUGUUAUGUGAAGUAAUGAAGACGAAGAUGAUGAUGAAGAACACGUCUCUGAUCUUUGUUCUUCUUUUUAUCACCUUCUUCUUCACAAGUAUCUCUUACUCUCUUUCACUUACUUUCAAUGGAGAUCUCUCCGACAAUGAAGUCCGGCUAAUCACACAACGUCAACUUCUCUACUUCCGCGACGAGUUCGGCGACCGCGGCGAGAAUGUCGACGUUGACCCAUCUCUAGUCUUCGAGAAUCCACGACUUCGAAAUGCUUACAUAGCUCUUCAAGCUUGGAAACAAGCUAUUCUCUCUGAUCCAAACAACUUCACAACAAACUGGAUCGGUUCUGAUGUUUGCAGUUACACCGGCGUUUACUGUGCUCCGGCUUUAGAUAACCGCCGGAUCCGUACCGUCGCCGGAAUAGAUCUAAACCACGCUGACAUUGCUGGUUAUCUACCUCAAGAGCUUGGUUUGUUAACAGAUCUCGCUUUGUUUCAUAUUAAUUCAAACCGGUUUUGUGGAACCGUACCGCAUCGGUUUAACCGUCUUAAGCUUUUAUUCGAGCUUGAUCUCAGUAAUAACCGGUUCGCCGGAAUAUUCCCUACUGUUGUCCUUCAGUUACCGUCGUUGAAGUUUCUGGAUCUAAGGUUUAACGAAUUCGAAGGACCUGUACCAAGAGAGCUCUUCAGCAAAGAUCUUGAUGCGAUUUUUAUCAACCAUAACCGGUUCCGGUUUGAGUUACCGGAUAAUUUGGGAGAUUCUCCGGUUUCCGUUAUUGUUGUGGCGAAUAAUCAUUUCCACGGUUGUAUUCCGACGAGUUUGGGUGAUAUGAGGAAUCUUGAAGAGAUCAUCUUCAUGGAAAAUGGGUUUAAUUCUUGUUUACCGUCGCAGAUCGGACGGUUGAAAAACGUAACGGUAUUUGAUUUCAGUUUUAACGAACUUGUUGGGUCGUUACCGGCGAGUAUUGGCGGGAUGGUUUCGAUGGAGCAGUUAAAUGUGGCGCAUAAUAGAUUCUCUGGUAAGAUUCCGGCGACUAUUUGUCAGUUGCCGAGGUUGGAGAAUUUCACUUUCAGUUAUAAUUUCUUCACUGGAGAGCCGCCGGUUUGUCUUGGGUUGCCUGGGUUUGAUGAUCGGCGGAAUUGUUUGCCGGCGAGACCUGCGCAGAGAUCACCAGGGCAAUGUGCGGCUUUCUCUUCUCUUCCGCCGGUGGAUUGUGGUUCCUUUGGAUGUGGUCGUUCUACUCGGCCUCCAGUUGUUGUCCCAUCACCGCCUACAACUCCGUCUCCGGGUGGUUCUCCUCCUUCGCCUUCUAUUUCUCCUAGUCCACCGAUCACUGUCCCGUCACCGCCGACAACUCCAUCUCCUGGUGGUUCUCCUCCUUCACCGUCUAUUGUCCCGUCUCCUCCUUCAACUACGCCAUCUCCUGGUUCUCCUCCUACAUCGCCGACGACACCUACUCCUGGUGGUUCUCCUCCAUCAUCGCCGACGACACCAACUCCUGGUGGUUCUCCUCCAUCAUCGCCGACGACACCUACUCCUGGUGGUUCUCCUCCAUCAUCGCCGACAACACCUUCUCCCGGUGGUUCUCCUCCUUCACCGUCUAUUUCUCCUAGUCCUCCGAUCACUGUCCCGUCUCCUCCGUCAACCCCAACAUCUCCUGGUUCUCCUCCUUCGCCAUCUAGUCCAACUCCGAGCUCUCCUAUUCCUAGUCCUCCUACGCCAUCAACUCCGCCAACUCCGAUAUCACCUGGUCAAAAUUCACCGCCUAUUAUUCCUAGUCCACCGUUCACCGGCCCUUCUCCGCCGUCGUCACCUAGUCCUCCUUUACCGCCUGUUAUUCCUAGUCCUCCCAUUGUAGGCCCGACUCCAUCGUCUCCUCCGCCGUCAACACCUACUCCGGUUUACUCUCCUCCCCCGCCGUCUACAGGGUACCCUCCUCCCCCGCCGUUUACAGGGUACUCUCCUCCAUCCCCACCACCUCCUCCUCCCCCAACUUUCUCACCUUCCCCAUCAAUACCUCCACCACCGCCUCAGACAUAUUCUCCCUUCCCGCCACCGCCACCUCCUCCGCCGCAAACAUACUAUCCACCGCAACCAUCUCCAUCACAACCCCCGCAAUCUCCAAUUUACGGCACUCCCCCUCCUUCCCCUAUACCUUACUUGCCGUCACCGCCUCAAUUUGCAUCCCCACCACCACCAGCCCCUUACUACUACAGCUCACCACAACCACCGCCGCCGCCACAUUACUCAUUACCACCACCAACCCCUACUUAUCACUAUAUAUCCCCACCACCUCCACCAACGCCAAUACACUCCCCUCCGCCACAAUCACAUCCACCGUGCAUAGAAUACUCACCACCUCCACCUCCAACAGUCCAUUAUAAUCCUCCACCACCACCAUCACCGGCGCACUACAGUCCUCCGCCUUCACCACCAGUUUACUACUACAAUUCACCUCCACCUCCACCGGCUGUCCACUACAGCCCACCACCUCCACCGGUAAUACACCACAGCCAACCACCACCACCUCCAAUCUACGAAGGGCCACUACCGCCGAUUCCCGGAAUAUCAUACGCAUCUCCUCCGCCGCCUCCCUUCUAUUGAUUCUUUUUCAGAAUGUUCUCAAAAGGGGCCCACCACUUAUGCCAAAACCCGAAAACGAAACGGUGUCGUGUCGUGUCAAUAACACUUAUCCGAUUGAUAGAAACAUGUAACACGGCGUCGUUUGACCAUUUCUUGGAGAGAGAUGUACGUGUUGGUGGUUGGGUAUUCUCCGAAAGAUUUAUUUCGGUGAACAAAAUUUUAAAAAGAAGAAAAUUAGGCGUUUUUCAGGGAAAAGUUGUAUAAAUAGAUUAAUUAAAAUAUGGAGCAACCUCAUAUUUAUGCUCCUUAUAUUUCUUAUUAGUGUUCUUAAAUAAUUAUCAUUGUUUUUUUUAUUAAACUUUAUCAUUGUUACUUCAUUUUUUGUGUUUUUUCUUUCUGGUUAUCUUUUUCUUCUCAUAUAUGAAAUUAUCUUUUUUGUAUUUCCUUAUUUAAUUACUGCAACUUUUUGCCUAUGUU